AUGCCCGCCCCAGCAUAUCCUCUCCCAAAGUCUCUCCCACCUAUCCAACUCUAUCGCCAUCUUCUCCGGGAAGUGUCCUACCUUCCGCCAGCUUUCCGCCCGGUCAUCGCCUCCACGCUCCGAACCAGAUUUCACAAACCUCAAAAAGAUGGAGUCCAUACGAAAUCCCGACUAUCACAUGCUCGGUCGGCGCUCCGAAACCUACGAGCUGCCAAUAGCGGCGACAAAAUGGCCAUGCAAAACUUGAUGCUCACAGCAUUCGGGAGAAUCGGCAGAAGAAGACGAGAGCUUAUGUCAAUACUCGUGAUGCCAGGGGCUCGGCGGGUUCCCAGUGACACCAAAGAACUAGAAUCAUUAAUGGAGCGGGCAAGGAAUGAGGCUACCCCGACGCCAGAUCGCAAACCCAAGCAUGCGUUUUUGGACAAAUGGGAGCUGCCAAAACUAUUGAGGAAUCUAGAAUCACAGAAGCAGCACCAGAGAGAAACCAAACACUCCACCAGCUGGCCUAACAGGGCAGUGAAGUUGCUGGACCCCGACCAAAAUGUCCCCAAGACGAAUAUAUGGGGGAAUCCGCCUGCUGAGAGCCUCGUGAGAACGAAGCGAGCUAACUGGUGGAAGACACACGCUGACAAGAUCAUGCCUCCGACCCGCAAGUGGGAAUGGGACUUGCUGCAACGACUGGGCAACGGAGCUCAAGAACAGGGUGAAUGGACUGUGCCUCAUCGACGCCAUUACCCUUCCGAAGAGGCGACUUCGCAGGUCAACGAAUGGAAUUGGGAAUCUUAUGCCACUGCGCCGGCCGCAAGAGUUGAGCUACCCAGGAGCAUGCCACGACAACGUAGGACCGGACAGCGCGACACUGGUCCGUACGGUGGGCGAGAGCGUGGCAAGCAAGUUUCGAACAGAUGGUUCCGUCGAGCGUACAACAGGACGUGGCAGCUCACCCCAACCGUUGUUCGAAACCCCGACACUAACAAAGAGACGCUUGUGUGGGGGAAACCGUUCGACAACCUACCCACUGCCACGGCAGCUCAGCUGGGUAUUUUUAAGGGUGUGGACAAGAGAGGCAACAGGAUACAAGAAAGGCUCGAAUUUUAA